AUGGCCCUUGGGACGCCCCGCCGACCCUCCAUAAACGUCUCAGUCGAUGAGGAGGAUGCCACAGAAAGCCAAACUCGUGAUCCUGGUCCUGACCCCGAUCCUGAUAAAGCCCAACUAAGCCAGGGCCGCGUGUCAGCUACACUUUAUCGCUCAAGCGUAUUGACUGUAGCGAAAAAAAAGGUGAAAGGCUACAUCGGAAGAGUUGUGAACGAGUCCCCCGAUGCCGCGGAAGGUAUCACCACCACCGACAUGAUCAAGCGCAACCUGCAGGAACUUCCGCAGCCUGAGCUCUUCAUGGUUCUGGACGGCCUUUUCAAGCAAAUGUAUAAGAUUGAAGGCAUCCAGCGGCAGGUCCCUGUUGAUAAAGCCAACUUGCGCCGCGCUGAGCGAUAA